GAUGAAGGCCGCUGCAAGAGCGCAGCCAGGGGGCUGGGGCGGGGAAGCCCCUGCGCAGGUCUCCGAGCUGUGGGCUGGCCUAGGAAUAGCCCAUCAUGAAGGAAACAAACAUCAAGAGGGGGAGGGAUAGCUCAGGGGUUUGAGCGUUGGCCUGCUAAACCCAGGGUUGUGAGUUCAAUCCUUGAGGGGCCAUUUAGGGAUCUGGGGAAAAAUGUGUCUGGGGAUUGGUCCUGCUUUGAGCAGGGGGUUGGACUAAAUGGCCUCCUGAGGUCCCUUCCAACCCUGAUCUUCUAGGAGUCAAUCAAAAGAUUUCUCCCCAGGCCAGAAGUCUGUAAUACUUUUAUUACGGAUCUUAUGCUGGCACUUAGUGGCCUUGCUCAUGGAUCCGGUUGUGUUAGGUGCUGUACAAACAGAACGAAGCCAGGCUUGGCCCCAAGGAGUUUCUAGUUUAAGCAUAAGACCAAAGACAUCAGACGGAUCCCGACAGAUGGGAGAGUAGGGCGAAACAAUGAGGCAGUAUGGGUCAGCAUGAUAGGUCUUGGUCUCAGCACACCCCUUGUCCUAACUGAGUAUUUUGUAGGCUUCAUGGCCAAGAAGAGUUAUAAAGCGGGAUUUGAAAGUAGAUAAUGAGCUAGCCUUGCAGAUGUUUACAAGAACACCACCUCCUGCCUUGUGGGGCAGCAUGGGAGAAAGUACAGAAGUGCUUGUCUGAAAAUGUGACGUACACAGUGGAAGCUGGCGCUUUGGGCUGAUCAGAGGUGAGCCUCAACAGCUCAAUAGUGCUUGAGAGGUGUUGGUGAGGGUGGAGAUUGAAAACAAGCAUCUUAUGUUUGAUGCCAUAGAGAAGAAGGAGCCAGUGGAAGGACUCAAAGAGAGGGGUGACAUGGUCAAAGUGAUGGGCUAGGAAAAUAAUCUUAGCAGUAGCAUUCUGAGUGGAUGUGAGUGGGACAAGAUUGUAUUUGUCAGGGCUAGAGAGAAGGAUGUUGCGGUAAUCAAGUUGCGAGAUGAGAGCCUGGACCAGAGUUUUAACUGUGUUGAUGGAUAGGAAAGGCCAUAUUUUAGAAAUGUUAUGCAGAAAGAGAGAGUUCUCAGUUGAAGAUGACGCACAGGUUACGGUCCUGAGUGACCCGCGGGAUGAUGGUAUUGUCCAUAGUGAUCAAGAAAGGAGAUAGUGGAGAGAGUUUGGGGGUGGAAAGUUAGGAGCUCUGUUUCAGACAUGUUCAGCUUAAGCUGGUAGUUGGACAUCAGCAAGGAGACAUCAGAGGGACAGUAGCAUUCGCUUAUAAUUUCCAAGCAAACAUAUUUUCAAAACUGCAACCUACAAGGAUGCUUGUUACAAACCAAAGCAAUAUCUCAUACAAAUAAUAAAUAACAAUAUCCAACAUAUCUGCCUAAUUAUGGUCUCUUCUCUGUGGUCUUGUUACUGCAGCCCUUAUCCUCACUCCUUCCUAUUCCUCUCCUGCUAGCUCCUAUCCCAUUGUGCAACGUUAUCUCUUAUUGUGCUGUAUGUAAACUUAGGAUGAGGUCCCGCAAAUUCUUUUAGGUGGGCAGCACUGCAUCGGUGCAGAGCCAUUUCCAAGAUCUAGCCCCUAGUCUGUAAUCUCUUUUGGCAGAAGAGUGUCAUGCACAGUACUGUAUAAAUAAUACAUGUCUUCCACAAUUAGAGAUUUCUCAAAAUCAAGUACUACAUUAGGAUACUAUUUGUUUAUCCCUCAUGCACACCACACCGUGCCUUGAGCAGUUAGGAGUUUGAACAACAUAAGACAUUCUAUGAUCUUGCAGACUGUGGAGUUGAGAUUAUGAAGAAAAGCACAAGACUGUGAAAUGGGAAUGAUUAGGGGAAAAAAAAAAGUAGACCCAUUGGCAGGCUUAGUAAGAAAAGACCCUGAAUCCUCAAGAUCGGGGCUGCUUAAGGCUGCGGCCUGGAGAGAAAUCCCCUCCUAUGGGCCCUCUGAUCUGCCACCGAGGAGAGACAGGGCCUGUGUGAUUAUAUCCCCACAGGAUAUCUCUCAAACAGGGAUUCGCCUUCAACAGGAUGACACAGGCCUGGUGUUUAAAAAUGACAAACUUCCUGAAGAAAAUUAAACAGUUCUAGUAGUAUUGCAGUAAAUUCAUGUGCAAAUUAUUUUGAGGCAUCAUCAGUGUGAAUAGCAAAAAUAUGCAUAAUCUCAUUUUUUAAAAUUGCAUUAGACAAAAUUGCUUAGAGAGUUCCCAAGAAAGUUUAUUAGAAAUAUAGGCAUGUGAUGGUAGAGAACAAGUGCAAAAGAUGAACAGAUAUAACUAGCAUGUAUAUUGUAUUCAAAAGUUGAGAAACUUUUUGUAUAAUAGGUAUAGAGGUUCGGAUUGCGACUCCAUAAAUUGAGUUUAUUAUCAUUUUGCUUUUUGUUCCACUUAGAAUGUAGCUGGGUUACUUUAUUUUCAGAAAAGAGUUUGGAUGGGGAGAGUCAUAGUAAACGUUAUUCACAGUGCCACAGGAUAUCAUUCAAAGACAAUACGUUUUCUGAAUGUGGCCUUUGACAGUUCUGGAGAUUCUUUACUUGCUGGAGACCACCAAGGGAAUAUCUAUGUUUUUGACUUGACUGGAAACAGAUUCAGUCUUGUUCAGCGAACGAUGCAGGCUUGCACUGCUUUGGCGUUUAAUCUUCGCAGGAAGACUGAAUAUCUUGUGGCUUUGGCAGAUUAUUCCAUUAAAUGCUUUGAUACAGACACCAAGGAGCUAGUUAGUUGGAUGAGGGGACAUGAUUCUUCAGUAUCUUCAAUCUCCGUCCAUGGUUCAGGCAGAUACGCCAUUACUACAUCCACUGAUACAGCACAAUUCUGGGAUCUCGAUACCUUCCAAAGAAAAAGAAAGUUGAACGUCCGCCAAUCUGUGGGUAUUCAAAAGGUUUUCUUUCUUCCACUAAGCAACACCAUCCUCAGCUGUUUCAAAGAUAAUUCUAUCUUUGCAUGGGAAUGUGAUACUCUUCAAUGUAAAUACCAGUUGCCAACUCCAAUAGAAGGCUCUAUGUUGCAUUAUAAAGUCUUUGCCGUUACCAGAGAUGGCCGGGUGCUAGUAACAGGAGGAAAAUCAAAUCAUCUUCACUUGUGGUGUCUGGAGUCAAAACAGCUGUUAAGAAUAAUCCAGAUGCCUACAAAAGUACGAGCUGUUCGCCAUCUGGAAUUCCUUCCUGAUAGUUUUGAUGGUGGUUCUAAUCAGGUUCUUGGAGUGCUAAGUCAAGAUAAUAUUAUGAGAUUUAUCAAUAUACAGACGUGCAAACAUCUGUUUGACAUUGGGAAUCAUGAGGAGGGAAUCAGCACAGCAGCUAUUAGCCCAAAUGGACGGUACAUUGCAUCAGUAAUGCAAAAUGGUAGCCUCAACAUAUACAGUGUCCAGGCUUUAACGCAGGAAGUAAAUAAGCCACCACCACCCUUGGUUAAAAUAGUUGAAGAUUUGUCAAAAGGCAAGUUGGGAGCAAGUAAACUUACAAUGAGAGUAACAUCAGGAAGGUCAGAGAGGCCUUGGAAAUCGAGAGGAAGUAAAACUCAAACCAGAGUGCUAAAACCACAAGUGAACACUUCACUUGAAAAUAAAGAGAACGAGUUGCCAGAUGGAUUAAACAAGAAACGUCUACAAGCCUUACUGAAAGGAUUUGGAGAAUAUCCAGCAAAAUACAGGAUGUUUGUUUGGCGUGCCUUACUACAACUUCCUGAAAAUCACUUAGCAUUUAGUAGCCUAAUAGAUAAAGGUAUCCAUUCUGCAUUUGUGCACUUAAAGGACGAAUACCCCAUGAAAAGUAGGAAACUGUUGAGAGUCUUACAAAGGACCUUAUCUGCUUUAGCUCACUGGUCUGCUAUCUUUGGUGAGACACCAUACAUACCUCUGCUAGCAUUCCCAUUUGUAAAAUUAUUCCAGAACAACCAGCUGAUCUGCUUUGAAGUUGUUGCUACUGUAAUAGUUAAUUGGUGUCAACACUGGUUUGAGUAUUUUCCUAAUCCUCCAGUCAAUGUCCUUAGUAUGGUGGAAAAUAUCUUGGCACAUCAUGACAAGGAAUUGCUUCAACAUUUAAUAAACUGCAAUGUGACUUCACAGCUAUAUGCCUGGCCUCUUCUAGAAACAUUGUUCUCUGAGGUUCUAACAAGAGAAGAAUGGCUGAAAGUGUUUGAUAAUAUCUUUUCCAACCAUCCUUCAUACUUUCUCAUGAUGGUUGCUGCCUAUAUCAUAUGUUCCAGAGCUCCUUUGCUUCACUGUAAUCAAACAGAGGACUUUGAGUAUUUCUUCCAUCAUCGGAACAAUCUGGAUAUUAAUGUUGUGAUUAAAGAAGCCUAUCAUCUUAUGGAAGCUACCCCAGCAGACAUCCAUCCACAACGUAUGCUUGAUGACUUCAUACCACUCACAAAGGGCCAGUACCCAGUAUUUAAUAAAUACCCCAGGUUUAUUGUGGAUUAUCAGACUCAGGAGCGAGAGAGGAUCAGACAGGAUGAAAUAGAAUAUUUACGAGAAAGACAAUUAGUUCAUGAAAUAGAAGCUAAAGCAGUACAGCGAAAAGUAGAAGAUGAGGCCUGGUAUCGGAAGCAAGAGCUGCUUCGUGAGGCUGAAGAACAGAGGAGAAAAAUUCUGCUGCAAGAAGAGGAAAAACUGGCAGAUCAAAGACAGAGACUAACAGCUGUGAAAAGAGAGUUGAAAGUAAAGGAGCUGCAGUUAUUGGAUGCUGCAAGAAGGCGUUUCCUGAAACAUCAGCAGGAUCAGCGUCAAAUGGAGCUAAAACGUCUGGAUGAUGAAAUUGCAAGAAAGGUGUCCAUGAGAGAGCGAGAAACAGCUGCUACUGUUCAAGAUGUAGAAGUGCGGCAAAUGGAACUUGAAUCCCAAAGACAGCUUUUUGAACAGCAACUUGUCAAAGAUCAAGAGACAGUGACACAGGAAGUAAAAGGAGAGAUAGAUGCCAGUCGAAGAAGGGCUGAUCUUGAAGAACAUCUAGUUCAGAGGUUGAUAGAAAUUGAUCGGGAUGAGGACCAUAAAGCACAGAUGCUGGCUGAAGAAAGUUUAGCAAAAGCUGAUCAGAAGUGCAUCGACACAGACUGGAGAAUCCAAGCCUUGUAUAAACAAAGAUGUGAUGAUCUGGACCGCGAGGCACAUUAUGAAGAGAUAGCUAAACUUCUUCAUGACAACAGAGUAAAAGAAGCAGAGUUGCUGAAAGCAAUGAAGGAAGAGGAGGAUAAAAGGUGGGAAGAAGUUACAGAGAAACGAGCUCAACUGGAAGCAGAGCAGCUAGCUGUUGCUGCGUUGGACGCACGGAGGAAGCAGUUCUUAGAUGAUGAAAUGAACGACGCAAUAGAACUGGCUGAAAAGCUACAAAGUGAAGAUGGCUAUUUUGAGAGAUUGCGUGAUUUAAAGACUGGGUGUGUACAGCAAGAUUUAAAAUUCCAGCAGGUGCUGAGGGAAGCCCAACCCAAGUCAGGAUAUGUCUGUCUAAAUGAUUUAUCUACAGCAGAGUCCUCAGCACACUUUUCUUUAGAUAGAAGACGAGAAGACCUGGAAUGCAGAGAACGGGAACUGAUGGCAGAAGUCAGAGAGCUCAGGCAAAAACUUACUUCAAAGGCCCGAGCUACAUAUCCACUACCUCAUUUUCCAGACACAAAGUGGACCGCUUAAGAAAGCACACUUCAUACUUUAGCUAUACCUUAUUAAUCACUGGAAUUCUAAAUAGUUAUGUUGUGAUCAAAGAGAUUGAUUUUUAGAUUAUUUAUUAUAAAUACUUUUGGAAAUAAUACUUUUGUAUAUAAAAAUAAAAUACUAACUAGAAAUGUUAUAGUUGCUCACGUCUGUUUGUUCUGUCCAUAAUGAUACUUCAUUCUUGGUUUUUUUUUAAAUAAACAUUACUUUUUUUUAUUGCUGUA